AUGAGUUGCAAUGGUUGUCGUGUUCUCCGGAAAGGCUGCAGCGAGAAUUGCAUCCUCCGACCAUGCAUUCAAUGGAUCGAAUCUCCCGAAGCUCAAGGUCACGCCACCGUCUUCGUCGCUAAAUUCUUCGGCCGUGCCGGUUUAAUGUCCUUCAUCUCCGCCGUACCGGAAUCUCAAUGCCCUGCUUUGUUCCAGUCUUUGCUCUACGAAGCUUGUGGGAGAACUGUGAAUCCGGUGAACGGAGCCGUCGGGUUGUUGUGGACGGGGAAUUGGAAUAUCUGUCAAGCGGCGGUUGAGACGGUUUUACGCGGCGGUUCUUUGAGACCGAUCCCGGAGCUUCUUACCGGAGGAGGAUUCGCGGGGUUUCCUUCUCCUACUUCCGACGAAGCAUCUGAGAUCUGCACGGAAAUGUUGAGUUUCCGACAAGAUGAUGAUUCCGGUGACCGGAAGAUCUACCACCACUGCCGAUUCUCGAGCUCUAGAUCUAGAUCGACGGCUUCUCCGCCCAAACGGAAACGUUUAGCGUCGGAACAACAACAACAACCGUCGUCGGAGCUCGAUCUCUCUCUAAUCCCAACUUUUCCGAUUAAAACGUCGCCGUUCAAGGAGGAGUUGUAUCGGCCGGGAACACCGUCGAUGUACUCGGAGGAAUCCGUUACGACGGUGUCGUUUCGGGACAACACCGCCGGUGAUGGUUACUUACACGGAGGAGGAGGAGAAACGACGAAGUUGCUCAACCUUUUUGCUUGA